AUGGCUGCUUCCUGCUAUACCCCGGGAUCUCAGCCCUCAUCCUCGACGACAACGCCAUCACACGCUUUCUCCAAUCUGACGGCGCUGGAGACUCUGUACCUCGGCGGGACCAACUUGGCCUUCCUUCCGCCGGAUCUGUUCGCGCAGCUCCACAGCCUGACGUACGUGAACCUCGACAGCACCGAACUCCGUGGCCUGCCCCGGCAGCUGUUCAGCGAGAGGCUCGUCGAGAACGUGACGCUGGAGAUGGAUGUCCCAGAGAUGGCGGUGGUGCCGUGCGCCACGCUCAGCCGUCUCCCCCAGGGCAGCAAUAUCAACAUAACUUCACAGUACCUGUGGGCUCCUACGCCCGAGGAAGCACUGAACUGUUUGGAUGUCGCGCCCUUGCCUCUCAAAACUUCGCUGUGUUCUUUGUACGGCCGGGAAGAUGCGGCCAUUGACUGCAGCGUCUUGAGUGAGGAAAUGACGCCUGUCACGACUUCCCUGGCGGAGGCAGAGGUGCUCUCCGUCUUCGGGCUCUCGUCUUCGCGCAUGAUAUUUCGGGCAGAACUCGACCGCCUGAAAGGAGAGAUUCCCGGAAACCCGCGCUGUCUGCCUUCCCAAAUCGACAAAAUAUAUGACUUCCAGGUGUACUACCGACACGCCGAAGACGUCGAGCUGGAGACGCUCUACUUCGACCUGGCUGACCUUUACCUCUUCACCUCCGACACGACGCGCUCCGUGAGCAUUAAGGCCGAGACGGUGGUCCUGAGCCAGGCCAUCGCGCCCGUGCCCUUUGCCCUCAGCAUCUACGCGCGCAGGGUCAUACUGGCGGAUGACCUCCUUGUCUCAGUCUCUCUCGCCGAAGUCUCCCCUGAGUUCGAUGCCGAAUUCUAUCGCGCCCAACACGACGUCGGCACGAUGAACGGCGUCACGGUGGAGAAGUUCCGCCACGGCCACGUCACGGUCUUCAUCCUGCAGUCGGAGGCUUGUCUGCCCCCAAAUGCUCCUGACUUUUCGGCCGAGUCCGACGACGUCCUGUCUCCGACCUCGCUUGACCUGAGCCUACACUGCGGGUAUGUCAUGCUCGAGGAGGACGCGGAGCAGCAGCUGCUGGUAUCUGAGACUGCGGCGUGGGUCAGAAAUAUCACCUCGGCAGCUACGUCAGGAGAGAGCUUCAACAUCAACCAGCAGGCGUCUGACUUGCUGCAGAGGAGUAUCAUGGUGCUCAGUAACAGCACCGAGUCUCAGGUCGUUCCCUACGUUACCCUCGUGGUGUACAUGCCAAUGGUUGACGCUCUCAAGGAGAACCUUAAGCUCUUCAGGAGCAUUUUGGGACAACUGCAAGAUAAACUUGAGAGAAAUGCCAAUCGCUUAUUUGACAUGACGCUGUCUUUCGAAGAGAGAAAAACUGAUCUUCAGUUUGUCAGCGACGAGUCAGCCCGCGCUCUGCAGGAGGCACAGAACGUGUGCGGUUCUCAGGAGCAGAAGUUGAACGACCUUCGCCUGAAAACUGACGGCGUCUAUAACACCGUGUUCGUCGUCAACGACAAGUUCUUGGCCGCGCACGAGAGCCUCGAGAAGAACUACAACACCCUGCAGAACAGCAUCGAGCACGAGCUCCACAACAUGUUCCUGAAGAAGUGCAAAUCUUUCUUCAGGGGAAUGUUCGGGCUGUUCACCGGCACAGCAGGCCUGGGCGAUGUCGUCGACGGCGUCAGUGACGUGGGUCGAUACAAGCGCGAGCUCAACGAGGCCAAGGAGGUGCUCACGGACUCCAUGCUCCAGAUAAACGAAUUGAUGGCCGACGUAGAGGUCGUCGUGGACCACCUGGCGGCCAUCGACGCGCCGGACGCCGGCCAGAGCCACAACUGGACCGCCAUUUUCCCCAACAACGAGCCGCUCCUCGCCGUCGUCAGGAAGCAGACGGUGUCUAAGUACCAGUGGGAAAUCGUCAACGAUAACAACGACAUCGUUCUCGACGACGAAGACAUGAAGAAGCUGGGCGGCGCGAACGAGUACAGGGCGAGUUCGAAUCUCAUGAAGGACGACGGCCAGUGCCUCGCCAACAACAUCAUCUCCUUCUCGAAGCUCAUCCUCGACAUUAGGGACGAGGAAGGAAACCUGAAGGUGGCACAGCUCGCGGUGGACCAGGGCGAGGACAAGCUCGACGAAGUGCAGGGGAUGCUCUCCGACACGGAAACUAACGAGGAAAACUAUAAGGAAAAGAUGGCUCGCCAGAACCUGGUUAUCAUGAACCUGAUGUACGACCUCUAUCGCAAGACGCGCAAGGACAUGGUCGUCAUGAAGAGGGUUCUGGACGAGUUCUGCCAGGCUUACUUCUACACCUUCUUCUUGGAGUGUCCGGACGACCUGCGACCUCAGCCGUCCGACGACUAUGACUCGCUGCUCUACAAGUUCAGUCAGCUGCAGUUCGAGUCCCUGAACUCCGUGGGGACUCUGGAUCCUCCGCCGCAGCCCUUCACGAAGACACUCCUUCUGACGGACCAGAAGGAGAACUGCACGGCGCGGGAUCCCUUGUGCCCCAUCACGACCUUGCGCCAGCAGGGGACGGUCGACGUGGACUUCAGCGACUGGUGGGGGAGCGAGCUGCUGCACAAGGACCGCGUGCGAGUGGACAGGGUGCGGCUGUACCUUCAGGGGACCGGGGAGGACUUCGUGGUGCUGCAGGUGACGCAGCCCGCCGUCUUCAACGACACGUACCUUGGCGAAGUGUACACCUUCAUCGGGCCGGCCUCCCAGUGCUUCGUCAUGUACGAGGACGCGGCCCACGCGACCAUGAGCGGGGCCUCCUACAACACCGACUGCUCCACGCACGCCAACUACGACCAGUUCUACAGCAGGGCCACGCCGUUCGGAAGCUACUCGGUGACGCCAGUAGGGCCGACCGCGGCUGCAGCGACCUCUGCCAUGGAGGUGCUCCUCGAAGGCUCCUGGAUGCCCAGGACAAGAAUAAAAGCCUCAGCUUAAGGGACGUUAGUUGGAAAAUCUAAGGAAAUUUCCCCUCAACCUGCGUGUAUCCUUCAUAUUUUACAGGUCAUUCUGUCAGAUUCCUGAUUUCAGAAUAGCUCUUGCAAUACGAUUCUAAGAAAAAAUAUAUAUCUAUA